ACAUACAUAUGUGUAUACAAUCUGUGGUGAAAUUCAUCAAUAAUUUCAGCAUAUAAUUUAUUUAUCUGUUUUAUCGAUUUUCUGGGAAACUCUUACUUACAAAAGAGUCUUCCUUUCGAAAUAUUACAUCAACACUUGUACAUAUACACAAUCUGUGGUGAAAUUCAUCAAUAAUUUCAGCAUAUAAUUUAUUUAUCUGUUUAUCGAUUUUCUUUGAAACUCUUACAUACAAAAGAGUCUUCUAUUGAACAUUUUAUAUACGAAACCUUGUUAAACAUCUACAAGUCUAGUUUUCGUUUUGAUAUACUAUACAUUUUUUAAAUGAGCUCAGACUCAAAGGACUCUAAACCAAGUCAGUUACUAAAAGUCCCAAAGCUGAUUUCUGACGAAAAAAGUCCAUGUACACCUGCAGAAGCUACACGCUCGAAGGAAGGUGCUACGAAGCAAAAAAGGGGGAAAGACAUAUCAUACUCUAAAUUCAUUUCUGAGAGUAACUGUCUAAUAAAAUAUUGCAAUCGAUUUGCUUCUUCGCCGAUUCAAGAAAAUUCUGAAUCUGCGCUAGAAAUAAAAGGCCAAACAAUUGAAAAUUUUUGGACACGUCUCCAGGCUGCAUAUGACGCAAUUGUAGAUACUGACGAUUCAGAUCUACCAGAAAACUUUAAAUCUUCUGCUUACGCCAAAUUUGAAAACUGCUUAGACCAGUAUGAAGACACAAAAAUUAUGAUCGCAGAUCAGCUAAAAUUAAUUAAAACAGUUGCACCUACUCCACCUCCGAGAGUAGAGCUGCCACAAAUUCAAAAUCAAGAGACAAGUUCGGGUAUCCACCUCAAGGUGCCCGCAUGUGAUACUGAAAUUUUCCAUAGUGGUUAUGAACAAUGGCCGUCCUUCCGGGACAUGUUCACAGCUGUUUACAUAAACCAUCCGAAAUUAUCAAACGCUCAAAAGUUGUAUCACCUCAGAUACAAAACAAAAGGUCAAGCAGGCGUCAUCGUAAAACAGUUCGCAUUAAAUGACGACAAUUUCCAUUUGGCUUGGGAAGCUCUGAGAUCAAGAUACGAAAACAAGCGAAUACUGGUAGAUAAGCAAAUAACGAUAUUAAUGAACUUGCCCAAAAUUCAAAAGGAAACAAGUGAAGAAUAUAUGAAACUUCAAUCCACUGUUUCCAACUGUUUGUCGGUUUUAGCGACACAAAAUAUUCCCACAGACAAUUGGGACCCAAUUCUGAUAAAUAUAUUGUAGUAAUAAGUACUAUGUGUAUGAUAAUACAUCCUAACUUUAAGUUAUUCUAAUUAUACUUAUGUUAUAUAUAAAGAAGUAAACCAUUGACGGGUUAAUUUAAAUAUAUCCCGUUAACUUAAGAUUCGUUUUCAGUUAUUGUUGAUUCUCUUAAGAAGUUCAUUUGUAUUCAUGUAAACCAGUGUUGUCCAACGUGACUGUGUGCACAUUAUGCUUGUGUUGGUUAUUCUAGCGUCAACUGAGCGCUAAAUUCUGCUUUGCUUGCCUACGAAGUUGAAUACAGUUGCGCGAUAGUGUUUUCACAGACACUUGUCGCGACAUGUUGGUGCGAGGUGUCUGGCACUGUCCGUGCGCUGUUGUGCGCAUAGGCCGUGGACAGCGCUGAUGUAAACACAUGCUUGGUUGUCAUUGUGUUGACAUACAUAUAUUCAUGUUACACAAGUUCAUGUGUCCAUUUUAAAAGAUAUACAUAUAAGUAAAUACAUAGCGUGUAAGCAGAGAAAAUUGUAUGUAUGUUAGAAUAAGUAUGUGUAACCGUUCUUCGGUGACAAAGCGAAGCACAGUACAGUUUGAGAAAUAAAAGCGUAAAGACGUGCCAUCCUAA